AUGGCCCCGAAGCCUUCAAUACUCCAGCCGACCGAAGUUUUGAUUCGCGUUAAGGCAGUGGCUAUCAAUCCAGCUGAUUACAAGAUGAUUGAUCUGGGCCACCGGGUCACCUCCUGGCCUCUUGUUCCCGGACUUGACGGGGCGGGCAUUAUCGAACAAGUGGGCGAUGAGGCGGGGGAUUUUAAGAUUGGAGAUCGCGUCCUCGCGUUCUUCACAGCUGGUGAUCGCUCGGGAUCAUACCAAGAGUACGCCGCGGUGCAGGGAAAAGACGUGGCCAAACUUCCAGCAAAGUGGUCGCUAGAGCAAGCAUCUACUUUGGGUGUAUGCUAUCUCACCGCAGUCAUGGCUCUCGGCAUCGGGUUAAAAACCCCUCUUCCAUUCCUCGAAGGCGGGCCAACUUCAGGGCUGCAGCCUUCUUCUGUCUUGAUUCUUGGAGGCAGUUCUGCGGUCGGCGCAGCCACAAUUCAGCUUCUUCGCCUCGCUGUUCCCGAAUGUAAAAUCCUUGCGACCAGUUCGCUUCGGCAUCACGACCACCUCAAAAAUUACCUUGGAGCAGAUGGAGUUAUCGACAGGAAUUCGGCUUCAUUGCCCUCGGAUGUAAAAUCGGCCAGUCCAGGCUCUCAUGGCGUUGACGCAAUUGUUGAUGUUGUUGGCGCCGGCCGCACGCAAAGAGACAUCUUCGAGGCUCUGAACCCUCAUGGUGCCAAGAUAUAUGCACAGGUCUGGACAGGAGACGACGAGAUUCAAGCGCCCGACUCGGUGAACUCGAUCAUGUUUCGAGGCCGCGAUCUCCCCCAGGUGCCAGGAAAUCAGAAUAUAGUUCGUACUCUGGCGCAAUUAUUGGAGGAGGACAGAUACAAGCUCCCUCUGCAAGUACAUCAUGUGGGGCAUGGGCUUAGUGCUUUGGAAAAGGCCCUCGUAUUGAUGCGCCAGGGCGUUAGUGGGGAGAAACUGGUCGUUUCCAUCUAG